AUGGAAGUUCCUGAGGCCCCUCCACCAGCACAAGUUGCGACAGUAGCAACCCCAAUCAACCUCAUUCUACUCUCCCUCUUCGUGGUCCUGGUCUACAUGCGCUUGCGGCCCUCACCUGCCGCGACUCUGCCGACUCCCCCAGCACCGCUCGUAUUCAAGACUUUUACUCCGCCAACACUCCAACCGUACAACGGCGAGAACGGGCAGCCAGUGUAUCUUGCUGUCCGCGGCAAAGUCUUCGAUGUCACACCCGGCCGCAACUUCUAUGGUCCUGGCGGACCGUAUGAGAACUUCGCCGGGCGAGAUGCGAGUCGAGGGCUGGCGUGCCAGAGCUUCGACGCUGAGAUGCUGACGGAGGACUUGAAUGGGCCUCUCGAUCGACUCGAGGACUUGGGGAAUGAGGAGAUGGACAACUUGCGAGGGUGGGAAGAGCGAUUCAAUGAGAAGUAUCUGGUUGUUGGCAAGCUGGUGCCCGUGGGACACGCGGAGGCCGACGAGGACGUGAAGGCGUCGUAG